UGCCCUCCUGAAACUGAACCCGAGCGGCACGGAGUCACCGCUGCCCUCCUGAAACUGAACCCGAGCGGCACGGAGUCGCUGCUUGUCUUUAGCUGUGAAUGUUUUCUUAAAAUAUUAGUUUUUUAGGCACACUUGGAAAUUCUGUUGCCAGCUUCAAAUGGUUAUGCUUUGCUUCCUAUGAACGGAGCAAGGGGAGCUGGAUCUGGGGGAUUCAACCUAGUGGGCUUUCAGCUAAUUAUAUAUAUAUACAAAGAAACAACAAACUUUGUUCUUUUUUUUUUUUUUAGUGUGGGAACAAAGCAGUUUUGUGGUUACUAAAGGUACUUAAUAAUUUACUAAAAAGAAAAGAAAGAAGUUGGAGCCAUCAGUAAAAGUUUUGUAUCUGGAUCCUUGGCUUCGUUGAUGUAGACGCUUACACACAGGACUUUGGCAGUAUAUAGUUCUGCUUUUUAAGUUUUGGAUUUCUGAACUUGGUCACCUGUACUCUACGGGAUUAUCUCUCCUGCCUGCCCUUUUCAUCUUUCCCAAAUUAAAUUUGCCCGGGGUUAUCCCGUGACACUGUGACCGGGUCUCACGAACGCAACCAUGCUGCGCAAUGGAAAUGCACAAGAAAACCCGACCCAGACCGAAGCAGGUGGAAAAGCCCUCGCAGAGCCCGCGACCAGCCCCACGCAUUUCCCACUCCACACCUACCCCAAACUGGAGAUCAAAAAGAACGCUGUCACUGACGACUUCAGAGUGUCCAGCCAGGUCCUGGGGCUGGGCAUCAAUGGCAAAGUGCUGGAGUGCUACUGCAAGAAAACCGGCGAGAAGUGCGCGCUGAAGAUCCUGCACGACAGCCCGAAGGCUCGGCGCGAGGUGGAGCUGCACUGGAGGGUGUCCGGCGGGCCCCACGUGGUGAGGAUCAUCAGCCUGUACGAGAACAUGCACCACGGCAACAAGUGCCUCCUCAUCGUCAUGGAGUGCAUGGAGGGAGGGGAACUGUUCAGCAGGAUCCAGGCUCGGGGAGACCAAGCGUUCACUGAAAGGGAGGCAUCGGAAAUCAUGCGAGAUAUCGGCACGGCUAUCGAGUACCUGCACCUGAUGAACAUUGCUCACCGAGACGUGAAGCCUGAGAACCUGCUGUACACGGUGAAGGAACGGAACGCUGUUCUCAAGCUCACAGACUUCGGCUUUGCGAAAGAGACCACGACGCACAACUCGCUGCAGACACCCUGCUUCACUCCCUAUUACGUGGCUCCGGAGGUGCUGGGCCCCGAGAAGUACGACAAGUCCUGUGACAUGUGGUCUCUGGGGGUCAUCAUGUACAUCCUUCUGUGUGGAUUCCCUCCCUUCUACUCCAACACGGGCCAGGCCAUUUCUCCCGGGAUGAAGAGGCGGAUCCGCAUGGGCCAGUACGAGUUUCCCAACCCAGAGUGGGCGGAAGUCUCAGAGGAAGCGAAGCAGCUGAUUCACCAGUUGUUGAAGACAGACCCCAGCGAGAGAAUGACAAUCUCACAGUUCAUGAACCACCCCUGGAUCAAACAGUCAAUGGUGGUGCCGCCGACGCCCCUGCACACAACGAGGGUCCUGCAGGAGGACAAGGAGAUGUGGGACGAGGUCAAGGAGGAGAUGACCAAUGCUUUGGCCACGAUGCGCGUCGACUACGAUCAGGUCAAGAUCAAGGACCUGGACACCUCCAGCAACCCGCUGCUCAACAAGCGGCGAAAGAAAGCAGCAGGGGGCAGGGGGGGCGUGCCCACAGUGUGCAACAGCCAGUGAAG